AUGGGCAUGUUACAUAUGUCGUAUACCAGUAGAAAUGAAGAUGGAGACGUGGACAGUCAUAGUCACAGUUAUGUUUGUUGCCUUUGCUGUAAUGACCGCGGUGGUGGAGGUGGAGGCUUAGGCGGUGGAGCCCAUAUUAAUAACGACGUUGAAGCCAAUAUUGGCAUUGGAACAGGCUUUGGCGGUGGGGCUGACUAUGGCGGUGGAGCUGGUUUUGGUGAAGGCGGCAUAGGAGGUGGAGCUGGUUUUGGCGGUGGAGGUGAUUUUGGUGGUGGUGGUGGUGGUGGUGGAGGGGGAGGAGGACAUGUUGGCAGCGCAUGUUAA